UCAACCUCAAUCACCCAACUCAUAUAUAUCAUCUCUUUGCUUUCAAAGUACUACUCGUACAGUACCAUCUCAUCUGAACUCUUCAUUUGAUCGUCAAUCUUCAAGACUACCUCGAAGAGAGAAUAGAAGAUGUCCAUCCCUCGUGGAUUAAACUUUGUCAGGCAAGGUGCCGGAAGUCAGAUAUUAGAAAUUUACUUGGACCCUAUUUGUCCAUUUUCAGGAAAGAUACUUCGAUCUAUACAAGAUAACGUAUUACCUCUUAUUGGUAAAGGAGGUAAAUAUGAGAAAGAUUUGAGUGUGGUAUUAUGGCCUUAUCCUCAACCUUUUCAUCACUUCUCUCCAUUCCACGUGGAAGCUUUACUCCUAGUUUCUACAAUCUAUCCUCAUGUCUAUGUUGAUUAUUUCCGUAAACUAAUGGACACACAAGACCCAUUCAAAAACCGUCCAGUGUCCAAUAUGACACCUUCCGAAUGUCGUGAUCAACUCACUCAAAUCGCGGUAGAUUUACUCGAAGCGAAUGGAGGACUCAAAGGUCCUAAAAGUCAAGUUUAUGGUGAUAUCAGAUCUAGACUUGAUGUUGGAGGUAAACCUGGUGAAGGGGAUAACAAAGGUAGUGAAGCAUUUGAUUUGAUGAAGUAUUGUAUCAAAAGAGGCAGACAGAACGCCAUUCAUGUGACUCCCACUGUCAUGUUUGACGCACUCAGAUACGACUCUGUUUCGUCUUCUUGGGGGAAAGAAGAAUGGGAGAAAUGGCUUCGUGACAUGUUGGGGUGAUUUGUCACACCAUUGAUUCAUUCAACCAAGAAGAAAAGCUUGUUACAAGACAAGAUCGAAAUGAAAUCUAUGCAUGUGAGAUAUGAUAUGAU